GCUCCUCAGGAGAUGUUGGGGCUACUGGCUGGACUGAUGUCUCUGGGACUCCUGACAGAGACUUUCUUAACUGUCCUCUGCUGGACGAUGAGCUUCUCUCAUUAGUGACCCAGAUGGAAUGGGAGGAGGAGGCCGGAUCCAAGCCCAAGAAGCAGAAGAUUACUUCAGACAGAUCAGCACCUCAGCGGCUCGCAGAGCUCGAGUCAUCAACCAGGCCUAAGUGGCUCCAACCUUCCUCAAGAGGGGCCUCAACCUCAUCGCUCAACAACGUGCUUUUCACCUCACCUCCAGCUGUCAGUCCUAUGAGGAUUGCUCACAGCCACUGAGCCACGGCCCCUUGGACUAUCCAGACUCCAUUUAUACCCACAAGCCCUCUUCGGCCUCUGGCUACCAAAUCACACUUCCAGCACUCUGGUUCCAUCGUGGUUCAGGAGUGCCACAACUCUCCUCACAGAAAAUUCCCAGAACCCCCAACAAAAUCACACAAGAUGGAAGAAGACAGCACCAAUCCCGCAGCAGAAGUCACUCUAACAGGACAGCAGAACAGAGUGUUCGGAAAGUCAACACAUGGUGCGGGAACCUUAAGCAGAAAGCACAGUAUAUUGUUUGCACUGAAGGAGCUGGUGUGGAGAGGAAAAAGCGCUGACACCACUCAAAUGGAUCGCAUGGAACUGCGAAAAGUCAACAUCGAACUUGAUGAGGAGAGCAGUAGUGGAGAGAGCAUUCAAGACAGCUACACAGAGAUGGAAGAUUUAGAAAAGGUCACAAUUAGCAGCCAAUUUGCUAAUGAAGACACUGAGAGCCAAAAGUUCCUUACAAAUGGAUUUCUGGGGAAGAAGAUGUUGGAUAACUAUGACGAGGAAAAUCACCCUGGAACCACAUCCUUCGGAAUGUCAUCAUUCAACCUCAGUAAUGCCAUCAUGGGCAGUGGAAUCCUAGGUCUGUCCUACGCCAUGGCCAACACUGGAAUCAUCCUUUUUGUAAUCAUGCUGCUGGCUGUGGCAAUAUUAUCCCUCUAUUCAGUUCACCUCUUAUUGAAGACAGCAAAAGAAGGAGGCUCAUUAAUUUAUGAGAAGUUAGGAGAAAAGGCGUUUGGAUGGCCUGGAAAAAUUGCAGCUUUCAUUUCUAUCACAAUGCAAAAUAUUGGCGCCAUGUCAAGCUACCUCUUUAUUAUUAAAUAUGAACUCCCAGAAGUAAUCAGAGCAUUCAUGGGACUUGAAGAGAAUUCUGGAGAAUGGUACCUAAAUGGUAACUACCUCGUUAUAUUUGUGUCUGUUGGGAUUAUUCUUCCACUGUCUCUUCUAAAAAAUUUAGGUUACCUUGGUUAUACAAGUGGAUUUUCUCUAACCUGCAUGGUAUUUUUCAUCAGUGUGGUGAUCUAUAAGAAAUUCCAAAUCCCCUGCCCUCUCCCCAUCCUGGAUCACGGAGCUGGAAAUGUUACGUGCAACAACACGGUUCCGAUGCACAUGGUGACGUUACCCAACAACUCUGAGAGUCUCGGUGUGAAUUUCAUGAUGGAUUAUACCCACGGAAACUCCGCUGGCCUGGAUGAGAAGCAGGGCAAAGACCCCCUUCACGGAAGCGGCGUAGAAUACGAAGCCCACGGAGAGGACAAAUGCCAACCCAAGUACUUUGCAUUCAACUCCCGGACGGCCUACACAAUUCCCAUCCUAGCGUUUGCUUUUGUGUGCCACCCCGAGGUGCUCCCGAUCUACAGUGAACUUAAAGAUCGCUCCCGAAGGAAGAUGCAGGCUGUUUCCAAUCUCUCCAUUACUGGAAUGCUUAUCAUGUAUCUACUUGCUGCUCUCUUUGGCUACCUGACCUUCUAUGGAGAAGUUGAAGAUGAAUUGCUUCAUGCUUAUAUCAAAGUGUACACCUUUGAUACACUGCUCCUCAUGGUCCGUCUGGCUGUGCUCGUGGCUGUCACCCUAACAGUGCCCAUCGUCCUCUUCCCCAUUCGAACAUCAGUGACCACAUUGUUAUUUCCCAAAAGGCCUUUCAGUUGGAUAAGACAUUUCCUGAUUGCAGCUGUCAUUCUUGCACUUAAUAACGUCCUGGUCAUUCUUGUGCCAACCAUAAAAUACAUUUUUGGAUUCAUAGGUGCAUCUUCUGCUACACUGCUGAUUUUCAUUCUUCCGGCAGCUUUUUACCUUCGACUUGUCAAAAAAGAACCCCUUAGAUCUCCCCAGAAAAUUGGGGCUGCAGUUUUCCUGGUAGUUGGCAUCAUCUUCAUGAUCGGAAGCAUGGCUCUCAUUGUAAUUGACUGGAUCUACAAUCCUCCAAAUUCCAAGCAUCAUUAACUCAAGGAAAAGGAAAAAAACUCUUUACCCCAUGGAAAUGGUAGCAGGAUGUGCUCCAAAGACUUUUUGUCAUUUCAAUGGGAACGUUAUCCGUGGAAAAUAACAAGAUUCCAAAGACUUUCACUAGUAAUAUCACUAGAAACCUGUGGAAUAUUAAACCAUUAUUUACACCAAGGAUGGUUGUUGAUAUAUUAAAAACCUGUGACGAAGAGUCGUUCGCAGGUUUCACUAGAGUAAUGUGUGUGUGUGGUAAAGAUGUGUUUUUGCUGCUGGGAGAAGGGUAACUGCCGUAUACCAGCCAUCAGGAGAUAGCCUUUUUCCACUAUUGUGAUAGCAGCAAUUCUGAGACAAUGAAAAAAAUAAUACUGUGGUGGCCAUUUAAAAAAAAAAGUCAUCUGGCGCCUUUUCUAACUGAAAUAUAUCAGCAUGGUUUAUGAUCUGCACUGUUGUACAAAAAAGGUCAGGAGCCUUAGUCUGAAAUAUCCAGUCAUGAUCUUUAAGGAAAUAUGAUCACCAUUGUAUUCAGCCUGUCGGUGAAGCUGAGUUUUUUAAGUCUGUUAAACCAAAAAUCGAGUUUUUAAAAGUCUGUAAUCUUCAGUCAACUGAUGUCUGAGUUUUUGAGACCUUAUUGAAUAAAGAGAGAGGCUUUACUUAUA